AUGCGGGCUCGCUCAGCUCUUCGUAUGCUGACGUAUGCGAGAGCGCUCGCCGUUGCGCUAACGUGCGCGGGAGCAGGCCUGACGGCCAGGACCGCAACGUCGGUCGGACCUCAUCGCUGGGUCCAGGCUAUUCGGAUAGCCAAAGGACGAACCGGUCCUCGGGACGAUCAGGUCCCCAGGGUGAUCAGACCCUCGGGCUUUCGCGUGGCGAAGCCCAUGCUCCUGCUGCAGGAGCCCCCGCACGGGGAUGCUCAUGAUGAGCAGGCCAUGCACGGCCAUCGGGCGCAUGCCCACUUCUCGCUGUCGCACGACGGCAACGGCGAGCAGGUCUCGCCGCUGUGCUUCGGCCGCUGUCGGGCGAUCGAUGUCUCGGGCGCAUGUCCACUUGGCGAGCUUCCGCCUCGGUGA